AAAUAAACACACACAAAUCACAUUUAAAAUGUUAAAAUACAAAUGAUAACUUUUCCAUAUUAUAAUGCUUAUUGUGUUGUUCUAAAGAUCUCGUUUCCGGUUCGUAAUUACUUCACAAAGUUAGUGUAAAGUAAAAAUCCCACAGCAAAAAUGUCUAUAGAAGUACGGAAUCCUCUGAAACUCUACGAUUUGUGCUUGCAUGCUGCUCUAUGGUAUCUAAAGGACAUAAAAUGUUUAUGUGAGAGGUGUGGCACAGCCACUCGUUCCUUACCAAAUACCACCCUAGUGGCGUUUUACGAAAAGCUUUUCCUAGCCAAACGUUUGUGUUUACUCGCCCAAGAAUACAAGGAUCUAGAAACGUUCAACAGACUCCUAACUGUAAAAUCCAGAAGGCCUUUUAUGAUAAGCAGCUUCCAAUGGAUAUUAAAUCACGACGAAGAUCUCAUUAGCACGCUGCUGCAUCAAUUUGAACACUACCUCUGUUCAUGUAACACAAGAAAAUCUGACUUGAAUAUGAUUGAAAUGGGCCUAAGGAUAGGCAGUUUUCUUAAUGACGGUGGAUGGUAUGAGUUUAGUAUAAAGUUUCUGGAAAUUGCGGAACUGGUUCUAUGGAAAAAAUAUGAUGCUUGCGUACUGGCCAGGGAUAAAAAUAUUUUACUUCAGUUUACGGAAUGUUACAGAUUAAAAUUGUAUGCACAGUCCAUGUAUUGUCAAUUUCCCAGAGCUAUGACAACAUUUGAACAGGCUCAAGCAUUUUUAAAAUUAAUCGAAGCAGAAACUGAUUGUAAUUCCUUAUUGACGGGAAUGUAUUGUUGUUUUUCCGUCUAUUAUUUUGCCAUGAGCAAUUUCAAUGAGUCUUACAAAUGGGCUAUAAAAGCAUUGGAACUACUACCCAAAGGCGUAACAAACAAAACAAUGUUGGAUGUAUUGAGGCAAGCUUCCAAAGCUUGCGUAGCAAAACAGAGACUCUUGCAAGCCCGCUUAUUAAUUAGACAAGCGAUGAAUUUAGGGAAAAAAAUAAAUUCGCCGACUCUCCCCGAUGUUCUAGCGGACUAUGGAUUUUUCCUGCUGAAUUCCGAUUUGGUCCCAGAAAGUGUAAUAGUAUAUCAUAAAGUUUUGUGCGAACGCAAACGUGUUUUUGAAAGCAACAAUAUCCACAUUGCUUUAGCUCAUGAAGAUUUGGCAUACUCAUUAUAUGUUAGAGAAUACAGCUCUGGUGAUUUUAAUAAGGCUAAAGACCAUGCUGAAAUUUCAAUUAAAAUAAUGGAAAAAGUCCUACCAAAAGAGCAUUUACUUCUAGCAUCUGUCAAACGUGUUAAAGCGUUGAUUUUAGAAGAAAUUGCCUUAGACGAAAACGGUAAUGAUGAAGGAAGUCACAAUCGAUGGUUAGAUGUUGCUGAAGAAUUGCACAUAACUGCAUGGAGAUUGAGUCAAUCAGCUUUUGGUGAAAAAAAUGUACAAACUGCCAAACAUUAUGGAAAUUUGGGACGUUUAUAUCAAAGCAUGAAUCGGCUUGAAGAAGCGGAAAAAAUGCAUUUAAAAGCUAUAGAAAUAAAAGAAGAGCUUCUAGGUCCAAAUGAUUACGAAGUGGGUUUGAGCAUAGGCCAUUUAGCAUCCUUAUACAACUAUCACAUGAAAAAAUAUUCUGCAGCCGAAGACCUCUAUCUUAGGUCUAUUGAAAUUAAUUUAAAAAUAUUUGGGCCUUCAUAUUCAGGCUUAGAAUAUGACUAUAGAGGCCUACUUCAUAUAUACGAAAAACUAGCUAAACCAUUGAAGUUUCACUAUUGGAGUACCAAAUUGAGAGAAUGGAAGGUUCUUAGAGAAAAAAGGAAAUGUUUAGACGUCGAUUUAAUAUUAGAAGAUAAUCCUCCGGACAAAAUCGAUUUAUUGGAACCGAAGGAAAUUUUGAAGAAUUUUCACGAGUUUGAGGAACAACAGCAACAAUUGAAGGAAAAUGGAGCCAAACUGGCUAAUGAAUUUCCGCCCUAUACAUUAAUAGAUUCAGAUGAAUUGGACUGAAGAUGAUGUAAAAUGUACAUAUAUUAUUUUUUUAUAAAUGAUACAGCAUCAAUUAGAAUAUGGAGCAAUUUAGGUAGAUAGCUAUUUUCAUGCCAGAAAAAUGAAGAAGAUACCUAACAGUGUAACGUUGAGCUUUAGUUUGUAUAGAGAGAUAAUAAUUAAUGUUGAAUAAAAAAAAGCCUGCAAAGUUUAA